AUGGAGAUGUCUCUGAACACUUCUCCCCACAAUCCUACCCUAUCUUCCUCUUCUUCCCGACAGUCUCUGCGCAAAGAAUCAUCCUCGUGGCCAGAGACCGCCUCUUCGCGACCAAGCGAUCGACAGCCACGAGGACAACUGCCAGAGGGCCAUCCACCAACGGACGAGACUCAUCAAUCCCCAGAACCAAUUGGAUCCCCGCACCAAGAUGCAGCUCUGGAUGAAACUGAAUCCCAUAUCGAGGAAGUUCAAGAGCAACAAUCCCCUUCUCACCUCGCAUUUCAACCAUUCUUCACUUUGAUCGAAGACGCCCAUAACUCAGAUUACCAUCACCCGACAGUUCAUUACAUAUUCUCUGACGAUGACACCGAUAUUGUGACAGAGGCAGCGCUGCGGAGCUUAGCUACACAACAAGAGGCCCUAUCGGAUUCCAAGAAAGACCAGAUCGCGCAGACACAAGCAUCCAAUGCUCAACACGAGAUCGAAGCCUCCUCUGGUUCAGACCCGGCCAAGACUACCUUACUCCCGCCUCCUGUUCCCGGUGUACGAGAGAACUAUGUCAUCCUCGACAUAGAGCCCUCACGAGUCACCCCCGAUAUAGCCCAGACAACCCCGGGAACCGAACUGGCACCAGGGAAAGGCGGCAGUGGCACGAAGUCCCUAUCGUCAUCACCGGCAAACCUCUCUGGGAUUCCACAAGAGCAGGGCCAUCUAUCUCCACAGUACCACGUCACCGCAGCGCAGAGCUUCUCGUCAGAAUGGCAAGUCCUCAACACGGAAGUGGUACCGGCACCCACCUUUGAGAACGGCAGCCCUGGCGCAUUACCGGGGCAUGGAUUAAUGUUGAAGAUCAGAGGCACUGGUGGGCUACCCAUAAAUGUGGGCGGGAACGAUAGAGAGGGCAAGCUUGAGGAGAUGAUGGAUCAAUUUGCCAAGCGGAUGAGCGAGCUGCAGAUAGUGAUUGAUGCUGCGGAGGCUGCGGAUCUAAAAGAUCUAAAAGGAGAGCAUGAAGAGGAAAUUGUGCAGCACCCCUUCUCACCGCACUCAGGCGAAGAAAUCAUCCAACGCCAGGGGGAUCAUGAGGCGUACGCUGUAGAAAGUGAAGCAGACAUGCAACCCUCCUGA